AUGGCUAAAAACCUUGGAAAUGCCAUCAAAGUUGACAAUAAGUCAUCUGUGCAAGAUCCCGCCAAGCCUAUGAUUUUCUUGCAUUAUCAUCUUGAUAAGAUCCUAAAAGAUGAUUACCUUACGGUGAAAGAUCCACUUGAGAUUUGCCCUAAUUCUUUCCCUCUUUUUCCCAAAGUCCCAAACAUCACCCCGCUCUCUCUCUCUCUCUCUCUCGCCCAAACAUCACCCUCUUUCUCAACUCCGAAACCUCACUGUUCCCGCCGUUCUGAACAUUUCGAUAACCGAAUUUUCUUCUCGCCGGCAGCUUACAGGUUUGUAAAACAAAAGCAUCUUAUUGAUGUCACUGAAGUAUUCAGGGUUCUUAAUACUGAGAAGAAGUGCCGGCUUGUUAAGCUUGCUGUCUACUUUUGUCUCCUCACUAUAAUCAUUAUCAGUUUGGGUUGCUGCAUUGCAGACUUGGUUUAUCAUGAUUCAUUGUUCUCUGACAAUCCAUAUCUUAGUCGUGUUCAUCUUCUUCAAGAAACAGAGCUUCGUUUGGACUCUACUGCUCUAGGUAGCAAGACAGAAGCUAAGGCGGCUUCUCCUGCCCGCACUAGUUCCAACACUACUGCUCCUGGUAAUCUGGGCCGGGACAUGUAUGUUUUGGUGAGCUACUUGAUGGGAAUUCUAGAAGUUUACUUACCUAGCAUUGAGUGUGUGGUUUUGUCAAGUGAAUUUAACACUUUUCAAAACCUGAAGAAUUUUUUACUUGAUGCCCCUGCUUUUGAUAAUGUUGAUAGUUUGGCCAUUUCUUCCACUUCUAAUGAAGGUGCUGUAGUGUUGGCAUGAGUUGCUUUGGCUGAUCUUUGUUUUUAAACAACCUUUGGCUGGUACUAGCUUUGGUGUGCAAUUCAACCUUUGGUUGAUCUUUGCAAUAUUUUUCAAUUUAUGAUAUUUGCUGCA